ACUUAAUCUUAAGUGUCUAUGGAAUCGGAUGAAAUACAAUUUAUUGACAUUAGUUAAAGAGAAAUGUAGCGCGUCAAUUUGCUUUUAAAUAAAGGAUAAUGAACUCACAGUAACUACUAAAAGUAUUUAUUUAUAUCUAUGCUACUUUAUUUUUUAAAUAAAUAAGUUGUCGAAUAACUGGUAGAUAAAAUGACAGCUGAGCAAGAGAAGCGAGUGAAAGAACUAAAGCGUGAGCUGGAGUGCUGGCGUGAAGAGGUGCUUGCCUUGAACUCCGUGCUCGCCUGGGAGAAGCACUGGUACCCAUGGCUUCUCAUUGGCAUCAGCACCACCCUGUUCACGUUCCUGUGGUACCUGGACAUGUCCGUGCUGAGCACGGUGGCGGUGGCCUGCCUCGUGGUCACCGCGGUGGACUACCUGGGUCCCAUCGCCCGCACCAGCAUCUGCGCCCGGGACAGCUGGAGCGGGGCGAAGGAGCGCCAGCUGGAGGACGUCUGCCGGGCUCUGGCGAGGACGGAGCACCAGGUGCUGUCGUGCUGGAAGUCUCGGCAGUCCAUCAAGGCCGCUUGGCCCCACCUGUACGUCGUGGUCGAAGUGAUUGGCCUUGCUUGCCUGGCUUACAUCGGCUACACUGUCAACAACAUGUUCCUAAGUUACUUGUUAGUGACAACUGCACUGAUGUUGCCAGGAUUGAAGCACUCUGGCUUCCUUUGCAAACUCUCUUCUGACGUGAAGACCACCUUCAGCAGCUCUAUAAAAAUGAAGAAGAACUGAGUGUUCUACGUGACUUCACUUUGUCAGCCCUGUGGAAUACUUGUCACUGCCAUGCGAGAAAGAAAAUUCUUAAAAUUAUUUAACUUUGUUUUUGCAUGCACUCGCAUGAAGGAAGAAAAUAGACUGAAUACUUCUAUGAAGACUUCUAUAGCUUCUGUGUUAGUGGAUUGUGCCAUGUUUUAUGUGUGUAGAAGUGUAGAAUGUAGAUAUAGUGUAUUGUGCCAUUACUUACAUAAUUUUGUGUUUAUUGUAAAACAAGGACUUUUUAUUGAUGUGAAAUAUGUUUAAAAAAGUGACUAUAGACCUGGUAAUAUAUUAUAUAACUAAUUUGUCAUAUCUAUUACAUCAUAAUAAUUUUCACCAUUAGUUUAAAAUUGUUUUAAAUUCUUUCUUUAAUGUUAUAUUAUUACUGCAUGUUAUAACUUUUUUGUUUAUAACACAGUGCAAUGUACGUGCUUUGCACAUCUGUGCAAGCUUAGUGAAAACAAGUGUCAUGGCUGCCGAGAGAAACUACAGGCCUGGGAGCAAAUAAUUUUGUCGAGAUCCCCGCUCUUUUACGUACUAUAGAAUUUUCAAACCCUGUAUUGCAUUACUUUAAAGAUUCUCAAUUAAUUCUGUUAGCAAUAGACUUUUAAUUACCUACUAUCAGGGUAAACAUAUGAAUUAAAAACAAUUUUGAAAUUUAACUGAGCCUUGGGGAUUUUGCCUCCCACUCACUGCCUUCGCUCUAAAGCCCUGAGCAUUAAGCAUCACAUCCUUGAACAAUCUUGCCAACAGCCUGCCAUCUGUUGUAGGUCACUUGUUCUGCAGCUAGGCGGAUGUCUUGAUUAGAGUGAAUUUAGAAACACACAGAGAGCUUUUCUACGAACAAAACUUUAGCUUGUCAGUAAACACUGAUAUUAUUAGAAAUAGUAUAUACAUAAUUAAAACUAUUUAGUGUUUACAGCAGCUGCAUAUUAUGUACUAUGGCAUGGGUAAAUACGAUAGCUUUUUUUUAUACAUCAUCUGGCUGAUGAAUAGGCUAAAUUUUCUCAUGCUAAUUUGAUUUAAACUAGAAAUGAAGAGAUAUUAUUAAUAUAUGUUAAAAAUUAUUUCGAAAGAUUCACUUACCUCAAUUUCAACUCAGAUAAUUACUGUGCUUGUAUUGAAUCAUGUUAAGAAUAAAAUUUGUAAUAUUAUGCAAUAAAA